CCUGUCUGUCUUUCUACCUGCAGAUGUGUCUCCUGUCCUUUGAGACAGACAUGGAGAAGGCAUUUGCAGCUCAGCGCAGUCAGGACAAGGUGUGUUCCAUCUGUAUGGAGGUGGUAGUGCAGAAGGCGAACCCGUCAGAACGCAGGUUUGGGAUUCUGUCGUCCUGCUGUCACACCUUCUGUCUGACUUGCAUCAGGAAGUGGCGCUGCACCAGAAAUUUCAGCAACGUCAUCAUCAAGUCGUGUCCAGAGUGUCGGGUGGUCUCAGAGUUCGUCAUCCCAUCAGUUUACUGGGUGGAGGACCAGGAGGACAAAGACCACCUCAUAGACCUCUUCAAGUCUGGAGUCAGUAAGAAGGCCUGUAAGUACUUCGAUCAGGGCCGUGGCUCCUGUCCAUUUGGCGGGAAGUGUUUGUAUCUUCACGCCUUCCGUGACGGAACCAGAGCGGAACCCGAGCAGCCGCGGAAACAGCUGAGCUCCGAGGGGAACGUCCGGUUCAUGAACAGCGUCCGUCUGUGGGACUUCAUCGAGGAGCGUGAGCAGCGGUCGGUCCCGCCUCUGCCGUCCCUUGAUGAUGACAUCACAGAGCUGCGGGAGCUCUUCAUGCAGAUGUCGGGUCCGAGUCACGAGGGGCCCGAGACCCCACCCCCUACAGACCAGUAGAGAGCAGACUGGUCUGCAUUGAGUCCUCGGGUCGCCGUGGUAACCAUCUGAGGGCGGUUCGACGGCCAUGUUUAGUCAUUGAAAUAUUAAAUGAUGUGAUCCAGUCUGUGUCAAUCAUGAUUGAUUCUUUUAUUUAACAUGUAAAUAAGUGAAUACAGAACAAGUGACAUGA